AUGUCAACCACCAUAUUGACAGUACUUUCUCAACUAUUAUCAACUCUUGGUUUUCGUCUACCACGUACACCUCAAAAUAAUCCAAUAACUUCAUCUAAUUCAAAUUUAAAU